UUAAGAUAUUUGUGUAUGUCGGUUGUAUUGACUGUAUGUAAACAUAUUCGCCGUCUAUUUUAUCAGAACUGGUAAAUGUUUUACUUGAAUGAACAAAACAAACCGUAUAUCCUGAAAUCCGAAUUCCAGCAUAAUAAACAUCGUUUGGCUGUCAGAAGUUGUUUGUUUUCGUUUCACAGUAUCUUAUCUCAGUUUUCAACACUUCCAAAGGCACAAUGCAGCUAUAAUUGAUCUCCUGUAGUCGCCGCAUUGUUACAAAUCAACAAAAAACUAUUUUAAACCAUCCGGGUACAUUGUUCACGUUAAUUUCGCUAUGGAUAACGAGAAAAUAUGUCUCCUGAACGGCAGAUCUGUCGUGCAUUAUAGCAGCGUUGCAGCCAACUCUUAUACGGAACCCAGCCUCUCCAUUUAUGUGGACCGCCCAGUGUAUCAACAAGAAGACCUGAACAGAGACACCCUAUAUGCCAAGCCUUCUAGAUUGGAAGCCAAAGAAAGAAUACAAAAAUGCUGUAGUGUGAAACCAGUAAAAUGCCUGAGGAAAACUAUUCCAAUCUUAAAAUGGCUUCCAAACUACGAAUGGAAAAAGUGGCUUUUUGGAGAUAUAGUAGCUGGCUUUACUAUAACUGUGAUGCAGAUUCCACAGGGAAUGGGUUAUGGUAUGCUAGGUGGCAUACCGCCCAUCUGCGGCAUAUAUAUGGCUUUUUUUCCAGUCUUGAUGUACGCUAUUUUUGGUACUUCUAGACAUUUGUCAACCGGAACCUUUGCCAUCAUAUGUUUAAUGACUGGAAAAAUAGUAUCUCAAUAUGGAACACAUGAAAUCCUCCAAAACGGAACGAUAAUUGAACAUGAAGACCUGAGUGAAUCAAAUGGAGGCCAUAUAAGAACAAAUAUACAGGUAGCAAUAACAGUGACAUUUGUGGUUGCUUGUAUACAGGUGUUUAUGUUCUGCAUACGUCUAGGAAUCAUAACAACUAUGUUCUCUGAUACUCUGAUAAAAGGACUGACCUGUGCAACAAGUUGCCAUGUGGUUGUUUCUCAACUGAAAGAAAUUUUAGGUCUCAAGCUUCAAAAGAGAAGAGGCUACUUCAGUCUUCCGUUGACUUUAUUCGAUGUAGCCUCCAAUAUAACAACUGUAAAUGUACCUUCUGUGAUAAUAUCGGCUGUGACUUUAUUAGUAAUACUAGGCAAUAACUAUGGUUUGAAGAAACUCAUGGCGAAGAAAACAAAAAUCCCAUUUCCAAUUGAAAUAUUUGUAGUUAUUGUAGGAACCACCUUCAGCUACUUUUGUCGAGAUACAUUCAAAGUACUUAACAACAUUCAAAUUAUAGGGAAUAUUCCUACAGGGUUUCCAAUGAUACAGUUUCCGGACUUAUCACUAAUACCUGACAUAUUCCUGGAGUGCCUUACAAUAGCUAUAGUAUCAUAUGCCAUAACUAUGUCCAUGGCACUUUUGUUUGCUAGAAAAUGUUUUUAUGAAGUUGAUUCAAAUCAAGAAUUGCUAGCCCUAGGUGUGGGUAAUGCCUUUGGAUCAUUAUUUUCUUGUAUGCCGACUUGUGCUUCGGUGAGCAGAUCUUUGAUUCAGCAAUCUGUUGGUGGUAACACUCAGCUGACGUCUUUGAUAUCCUGUACAUUACUACUAUCCGUUUUACUUAUCUUAGGACCAGCCUUUGAAUCACUUCCUAAGUGUUGUCUUGGAACUCUAAUUGCUGCGGCAAUUUGGCCAGCAGUAAUGCAGUUUACACUUUUACUGAAAUAUUGGAAGCUGAGUAAAUGGGAUGCUUUGGUAUUUCUUACUGCUUACCUAUUGACAUUAUUCUUAGAUAUUGGGUUGGCACUGGCAGCUGGUGUCAUUAUAUCGUUAUUCGGUAUCAUUUUACAGAGCUACAAGCCAUACAGCUGUCUUUUAGGCAAUGUUCCUAACACAGAUCUGUACUUAGAUUUAGAACGAUAUAAAGCAGUACAAGAAAUACCAAGUAUAAAAAUCUUCCAUUUUUCUGGUAUAUUAAAUUUUUCUUCAAGACAGGUUUUCACAGAAUCCUUUGGCCAAAAAUUGGGUUUCAUUCCAUCAAAGAUCUUACGAAAAAGAAAAUAUGCAGAAGAUCAUAAUCUAUCUUUUGAGUUUGAAAGCUUAAUGAUGAAGUAUAUCAUUAUAGAUUUUGCCUCUAUUACUUAUGUGGAUCCAGCUGGUAUAGAUCUGAUGAGGAAUUUAGCUAGAGACUUGGACCAGUUGGGCAUAAGUCUUUAUAUUGCAGGCUGUUCAGGACCUGUUUUUGAGAAGAUAGCCCAGUGGGAUGCUAUUGAGAAGAUUCAUAGUAAUUUUAAACUGUUUCCAACAAUACAUGACGCUGUUGUUUAUGCACAAGGAAUUGAAAAAAGUUUCAACUUGAAAAAUUAAGAACAAAUAUAAAUUUUUCAAGACAAACAGACAAUAAUUAAAGAUUCAAAAAAAAAUGAAUAAGUUUUUAGAAAAAUAACAUCUAAAAGAAUUCAUUCAUAGAAUGAAAAAAUAUAUUUCUAUACAUAAUGUACAUUUACUAUGAUUUUAGAUUUAAGUAGGAAAUAAACAUUUUAAGAACUUAA